UACGCCAUCUUGUAAUCCUCGCUUCUCGUCCAAAUUCAUGGUCGUUACAGAACUUGUAAAACGUUCAUAUCCAAACAGAAAUCAAGUCAUAUUGGCUACAGGAGGUGUUUUUACUGCAUUGCCUUUGACGCUGGCUAGAGGACGUCGUGCUGUGGCAUGUUACAGACUUUUGAAUUGGAGCAGCUAACGGUCUGCACUUCGCUAGCUGCAUUUACCGCCAUUGCAGCAAUUUUGUCUUUGGGAGCGCUUUUGUGGCUGAAGCUGAAACUCCUUGCUGAUGUACCAAGAUUUCAUUUUGGAAUUACGAAUGCUGGUAUAUUGAGCAUUUGAGGUCAUUUGAGCUGACAUUAACAGACAGCUUUUCGGUGUUUCAGCUGUCGGAACUAAAUGAUACAGGAAUGGCUGCUCAAGCCCUACUGCUUCAUGUUCAUGUCUCAGCGGACAUUGUGAGAAAACUGACUUUAAUCUCACGCCCAGAAUCAGUAGAUGAGCUAAAGGACAUUAUAAAAGAGAGGUUAAACCUUGACUGUGACUUUAGCUUAUUAUAUGAAGACCCAGACUUUGACAGGCAGCUCUGUUCACUUGUAGAUAUUGAGGAGCUUCCACAGAAAGCUGUUGUAAAAGUUGUGAGACCAGAGAAUGAUGAUAGUUCAGUUGCGUCAGAUGACCCAAUAAUACUACCCCAUGCCAUGACUCCAGACAGGGUUGAAAGAUGGCCUCAGGAUUUCCCUAUUCCUACUUUUUCCUAUGAGGUAGAACUUCUACUUGGUGAGGGGGAUAUUGCCUAUGAGCGAACAGGAAAGGUUCUCAAGUUGUCUAGGGGACAAAAGCAUGACAUUCUUGAAACUCUUGCAGCUAAAAUGCAUGGUUUUAAAGCAUACCCCAGUGAUCGGGAAGUAUCAAUGGUAGCCGAAGCUCUCAUCACCAAACAUCCUUGUCUAAAGGAGCCUGGAUCACAGACGGGUUGGUAUGGAUGGAAAAAUAGCCUGAAGUUUAAGAUGGGUAACUUUCGUGCUAAGUUGAGUCGGGCUGGUUUUCAAGAGAUAGCUGUGAAUUCGGGAAAGAGAAGUAGAAAUGACCCAGACAAACAGUCACCACACACUAACAUAAAAAGACCUAAAAGGGCAGAAGUUAAUUUUCUGCCAAAUUUCCCAAGGGGUGAAGAUGCUGUUAGCCUUGACCAGCUAAGACUACAGAUGGUGGAUGAAGUCAAGAAAAGUGAAAAGAAUCACAGCCUGCUGACAAAGCUAAUGCACACCACCUUUGCCCUGCGACGCAAAGAGAUAAUCAGUGAUGAAAUACCAGUAGCAGAGAUCCUGGAUCGCUGGCCUGCUCUGAAAAUGGAGUCCCAGAUCUGUGCAGAGUUUCACAGGAUUACAAACCUCAACCUGAAGAACCACUUCUAUGCUGUGUUGGACCAACAUAUCCCCCGCCUCCAGAGCUUAUUCAGAAAGAAAGCUGCUCGCACAGGGAAAGUGUCUGAUGUUCUGUCUCAGCUCUUCAGAACCUAUGAUCUCCAGGAACAAGCUGAUAUCCAUGUUCGACGCGCUGUUGUGCUUCACGCCCUUCCUCCCUAUUUGCACGAAGACACCUCCACCUUCAUCAAAACUUGGGAUAUGACGCACUCCGACGAACCAGAUAUUAGGGAAGUGCCACUUGGACUCCUCUUAAUCAGAGCCAAUUCCAUUGAUGCAACAUUCUUCUCCCCCGAGAAGAUCGCAGUUUUGAUUGAGGGUAACAUAAUCAUUGAUUUCCCCACCCUGGCUGAUGCAUUUGUAGUAUUAUUUGCAUCUAAACUACCCAAAAUGUUUGGCUAACACAUUUGACUUUAUUCAGAAAGUCUUGAUGGGUCUGGAGGAUGGGAAGUUGAAGCCUAAAGUGCUAAGUCUAAAAAAUGACCUGUUGGCAGCAGAAUAAUGUCCAGGGUCCCAACACAACCCUGAAGUGCCUGUUAAAGCAAGUACUUCAAUUUAUCAUUUUUCAGUCUGGAUAAGUUAAAAAAAAAUGAAUAGAGAAAAUAUUGUUUACACACUCCACGUUGUACUUCAUUACGUAACUGACAUAAGGCACUGAAGUUUUAUAAAAGAGUUUUAUGUAUUUCUAAAGUUUCUAAAGUAUUUUUCUAUGUAAAGUUUUAUUCCUGUUGGUGACAGCAUGGUUAUGUUCUACAUGUUUAACAGUAAUCCUUUGCUGUUUUUGUAGAACCACUGGAUUAGCAUAUUAAAAAGGUUCCCAGUAAUAUUUCAGUGUAUUAGCUUUACUGUAAUUUAAUUCAAAUUUCCCAUCUGAUGUUGCAGGAUUUGAUCUAAGAUUUUUCUUUUUAAAUCAUUUGUUUAUCCACUCAAAAUACUGUUGUAAUACUGAGGACAUUCUUUAUUGCUUAUAUUGUAAGCUUGUGCGUAAAGUGGAUGUUUUAGAAUUUUUUUUCUAAUAACAUUUCUUUGGCUUUGCCAGAGGGAUUUUUUUUUUAAAGAAAAUUAAUGCAAGGGAAUUUAAUUUGUCAUUUAUUACUGUUGCCCAUCAAGAAUUGUCAAUUGUGAAAGAGGAUUUCAGCCCUUUCCCCCUGUGGCACUUUGUGUUUUUGGUUGUCUGGUUGUUAAGACAUUUUGUUAG